AUGGCGCUCACCGGAGGAAAUGCCUCGCACAAGGGCGAAGUCCGCGACAAGGUGUGGAAGGAGCUGCGGAAGGUGGCGUACCCCGACUCAAGAUUCCAUUUCGACUUCUCGAGUUUCAUCGCCGACUUCGAGGACUCGCAGAAGGCGGCCAACCGGCUGCUGUCGCUGGCCAGCUACCGCGAAUGCAGCACCGUCUUCAUCACCCCGGACAACUGCCUCGAAUACCUGCGGGAGCAGACGUUGCAGGCCGGCACCAAGGUGCUGAUGACGACGUACGGCAUACGAAGGGGCUUCUGGCUGCUGGACCCGGCGACCAUCGACGAGACGCUGUACAAGUACGCCUCGACCCUCGACGGCAUGGAGAAGAUCGGCCGCCACGUCUCGCUCGCCGACAUCGUCCAGCUGAAGCUCGACGUCGGCUUCAUGGUCACGGGCACCGGCGCCAUCAACCACCGUGGCAUCCGCUUCGGUAAGGGUCAUGGCUUCUUCGACCUGGAAUGGGGAUUGCUGUUCUCGACGGCGGUGGUGCGCGGGGACACGAUGACGGCGGCGCUGGUCCACGAAUGCCAGGUCCUGGACGAGGAGCUGCGACCCGAGGAGUUCGACACGAUAUGCGACCUGGUGAUCACGCCCACGAGGGUGCUUGAGGCUGGGGCGGUGGAGAAGCCUACUUGUGGGAUACUCUGGGAUCGCUUGGAGGUUGGCAUGCUGGAGGAUAUUCCGCCGUUGCAGGAGUUGAGGACGAUGAAGGUGGCUGGCUCUACUGGUAUAUAG